GUUUGAAAUUUGAAAUCACAACAGUCACCAGCAUCAGCCGCGCGGGACAACCCACCAGCAUGGCGGCCUCGUCCUAUCUGCUGGAGCUGGACGAGCGACGAGAACGGCUCCUGGCUGAGGUCGUGGACCACCUUGGUGUUCCGUCGGGCUCUGCAGAGCAUGAAGUGGCCCUGUCGUUCGCAGCGAGCUCCCUGGCACACCAUGAUCACAUGGACGCUGAGAGCAACAAGGUGGAGGCGGCAAUCUGCAGCGUCGCCGAAAAAUUUGUGAUGCACGGGAAGACCGUCAACGCAACGCGGCUGCUCCUGCUAGCCUCUAGCCUGACUGGCAAGCCCAUGAGGGUGGAGGGGCACCGCAUGGAUACGGGCGGCGUCAACAAAGCGGCGGCGGCUUCGCCGCCGCUGGAGCACCCGUACGCCGCGCUCGCGCUCGCUCUAGCCCUGUCGGGCUCGCAAAGGUGGGCUGCCGCAAAGGAGGCGGAGGUGGAGGGAGACGAGAGGGAAGGGGACACUCCAGAUGCCGAGAGCAUCGAGGGUGGUGGUUGUGGUGGCAGCGGCCGAUCAGCUCGGGACGAAGAGGAGGGGGAGGAGCGGGAGGGCGCAGCUGAGCUUCUCGCCGGUUUCGAGGGCGAUUCGUCCCGGCUUUGGAGCAGCGAUAGCGACGAGGGCAGCGAACGAGAGGGGGGACCGGAGGAGCAGGAGCAGGAGGAGGAGGACGGCGUCGGGUCGUUGUCGUCGGCGCUACCGGGGGUCGAGGAUGUCGACGAGGGGGGGACACGAGAGUGGCUGCAGGCGUUUGAGGAUGACGGCGAAGGCAGUCCGCGUGCAGAUGGCUGCACCGCUGGCGAAAUCGAAACGGAACGCUUCGGUCAUCGGGGCAAGGUCGAGAACAACGGCGCUAGCACUCAACUUGCCGAGCCGCUGGCUCCCUCCUAUUCACCCCCUUCUUCUCCAAACACGGGGGUCGACAGCAAGAACCUCACCCGGCGUGCCUCGCACCCCCCCGCCGCUCGUCACAACUACGGAGCCCCUUGCAUCGGAGCCGAUAUUCGGAACCUCGGCGGUCGACGUGGUGCGCGCGACGGGGAUGUCGAUGGUGCGUCUUUCCUACGGCCUUGCCAAACGCUAGAAGCGUGCCAGACCCGGGGGGGGGAGGCGGUCGGGAGGCGGCGUCGCAGCAUCCCGGAGGCCGAGGUGGUCCGAGCAGCGCUGCACAUGCUGGCGGGGUUGUCGGGAGACAUAUUCGUGCGACGGGUGAACGGCGACGCGUCGGACACCGGAGGCGAGCAGCUUCCGCAAAAAGGGCGCCACGGUGCUGCCGGGACGAGGGGCACCGGCGGUGGAGGGAGAACAGGCGGGGGCAGCAGUGGGCCCAGCCGCCGGUGGGGUGUUGUCACCGGCAGCGCGAGUGCGCGGCGGGGUCAAGAAUGGUUUUCUUUGAGCGAGUCGGCGGCGAGCGACCUCGCGGUUGCCAGCCUGUCUCCGGAGGCCCUCGCGGGCGUUCUAGAAGACCUCUUGCGAGUGGGCAGCACGGCGGAGUACCUGCGGGCCUUCGUCGCCGACGCCGAAGGGUCGGCAUCGGUCGCGGCCGAGGCGGCGGCGGCCGUUCUCCGCCAAAGCGUUCCCCGUCGUGAGAGCAGCAGCGGCGGCGGCGGCAGCAGCGCAAGCAAGAGCUACGGCAGGGGCAAGGAACGCGGCCCAAAGCACGGGCUCACCACGCAGGCGUUCGUGGCGUGCGUGAGACGCCACCUGGAGAGCUUCGAGGACACCGUUGCACGCCGGGACCGCUGGCUGUACCGUCGACAGCAAGGACAAGGGGACGGAGGAGACGCUCCCGCCGAGCACGACAGCAGCAGCAGCAGCAGCAGCAGCGGGGAGACCAUCGUGGGCCUUCUCUCUCUGCUGCGGCCGGAGGCCGAGAGCCUCGAGCUCACCCGACAGCUAGUCGAGGACGGGGCCGGCUGGUGGGUCGCGACCCCUCCGGAAGAAGAAGAAGGUGUUUGGCCGCGGAAUCGGCGGCGGCGGCGAACGGGUGACACCAACGCCGAGAGGCACGUGGGCGGCGGCAGCGGCGCGGGUCUGCACGAGCGGACGGGGCGGCUCCUCUCGGUGCUGCACGACGCCCUGGUGUCGAGUGCGCUCGUAGGAAUCGGGCCAACCCCGCCAGAAAAGUCCCGCGGGGUUGGUGACACGGAAGCACUGGCACCUCGGCGACGCGGCUGGCUCUUGCACGUGUUCUGCGAGGUUCUCGCCCCGUACCUCCGUCUUGUUGACUCCUGGAUAACCGAGGGGCGACUGCUAGACCCCCACGGGGAGCUUUUCUUCUCCCGCAUCGGCGGCGGCGGUGGUGCCGAUGGGCACGGCCGCGCUGCCCCCGCCGCCGCCGCCGCCGCCGCCGACAAUAUUGGUGGUCACAAUCGCCAAGCGACAGCUGUUGGUGGUGACCCUGUGGUGCACGUGUGGGACACGGGGAUCGUGCUUCACUCGAAGGCCUUGCCGCCGUUCCUCGCGCCCCUGGCGCCGGCGGUGGCCCUGGCGGGACAAGACAUCUCGCUGAUGCGGAGGGUGCGGGCGCUCGUCGGUGGUGGUGGCUCUUCGCCCGCGUCCCUCGGCGGGAGCAGCAGGGACGCCGGCGGCUCCCGUCGUCCCGGGCCACCACCGCCUCCUGAGCGGAAAGCGGGGACGGGGGCGAUGUCGUCCCCGGGCAGCGAGACCUUUUCGCUAGCGGAAACACUCUCGGAAUCUCUCCGGCAGCUUGCGGGUCGCGUGCGGCGAGCAAACGACGCCGGCCCGUCGAGGAAGAAGGAUCAAGACGAUGGCGCCGGAUGCACGGGAAGGGGAAGAGGAGACCGCCGUUCCGGUGGUGGUGGUGGCAGCGGCGGCGAUGCUGCUGCUGCCACCGCUGCUGUUUCUCCGGUGUCCUCGUCAGGGCUAGGUGGGAUCGUCGACCUCGAGGAGAGCCGCGGUGGGAAGCAUGGCGACGGCAGAAAUAGCGCUAGCACGGAGAGCGAGGAGGGGGCCACGUCCCCGGCCGGAACAAGCGCAGAGGGUGCUACGACAGAGAUGGGGGGAACAGAGGCAGAGGCCACUGCUGCUACGGAGAAAAACCGCGAGAGUGGCAGUGUUUCAGUGGCUGCACCGGAAGGCGAGGACGUCACUAACGAUGGCAGCGACGGUGGCGACUGCAGUGGCGUUGGUGUUGGAGGAGUUAGAGAUCGACGCACUGGCAGCAGCGGGUUCGGCGAUGGCGGCGGUGGUGGGCCGGCGACGUCACCGGACGUACUCACCGAGGAGGCCUCGGCUGAUGUUGGUGGUGAUGGUGGCGACGCUGCUGCUGCUGCUGCUGCUGCUGCUACUGCGACGGCGGCAGAGGGAGCGAAUCAAGGCGACGACCCGGAGCUCGGUUUCUUCGGAGGGACGGCGCAGCUGGCCCUGAAGCCGGGCGCGAUGUUUCAGCGUCCGCUGCACCCUUCCCUCGCCCCUCCCUCGCCCCCAUCCACAAGACAACCAUCGCCGGCCGUCGGGGGACGGAGGACAGCAUCCUGCUUCAUCACAGGUAUUAGCCACCACCGCCGCGGGGGUGGUAGCAGCGACGUGCGUGGGGCGGGGGGAUGCGCUGGUGGUGGCGACGGAGAAGAAGACGAGGCAACCAUGGAAGACGAGGUCGCGAAAGCGCUCCCGCCGACAAUGGUCCUGGAGACCUGCCUCCUGGGGGCCCUCCGGGAGCACUGCCGGCUGGCCAGCUCGAGCUGCUUGGCUGUGUUCGCGGACGAGCUAGGCACUGUCAGCAUUGCAGGAGUGCUGAGAGACGUCUACCUUUCUCCCGGCGGGGCCAAGACCGACGCCCCGCUUUCGCGCUUCCGCGGGGUGCUGUUCGGUCUCCUGGGGGGGUUGCCUCUAACCACGGCCGCGGGGGGGGGAGACGGGGGGGGCUCUUCUCCAGCUGGUCUGUUGGUGUUGGACGGGUUGGUAGUGCGUGAUGUGCCCGCCUUCCUUCAGAUGUUUUCGGAACGGUGGAUGUCGUUCCCUUUUCUCUUUACUCGAGCGAAGCACGUCUUCCGACUGGAAAACUUCCUGACCCCGUCUACGUUCGGCAUCGUCGUGGUGCCGCCGUCCAUCGCUUACUUUCCUUUUGCGCCCGUACUGCAGGAUGGGUCGCGACUCACGGCCUUGCUCCAAUCCUCCCUGGCAAUGUCGAGGGUCGAGGAGGGCUGCGGCGGGGGGAGAAGAAGAGACACGCGCGCCGCGGUCGGCGGCAGCGCAGGCGGACCGGCAGUGGGCUCCGACAAGGAUAGCGGGGGCUGGUUACGCUCGCCCGUGGCAGGCAGUGACCGCCCCCUCCUGGAGCACUUUCUGGUCGAGUGCCGUCCGGAGGUUGUGCGGGAGUGGAGGAGGGAGGGCGCAGGAGGUCAGCGCCGAGGAGUCGGGCAGCGUGCCAGCAGCAGCGGAGCAGAAGCACCUGCGGUCGCCGACGGCGGCGACGGCUGCGCCGCGUUUCCCCUCGCACGCGACGGACGCUGCGUAGAUCUUCAGGCGUUUUCAUGUCUUCAGGGAGGCAGAGAGACGAUCUUCCCAAACCCCGCCCCCCCGUGGGCCUCCCCCUUCGCAAUCUAG